GUGGAGGCUGAACAGCAGUUUACACGUGGGUGCCUGUGUGUGACUGUCAUGGAGGCUCUGUCUGAGGAGCUGCACCAGUUCCUGAAGCUUCACCCCAGUCUGGAGCUAACGGGGGAGAAUAAGGUCAAGUGUACCCUAAACGGACAUGAGCUGCCGUGUCGACUUCCCGAGCUGAAAAACUUCACUGAAGGAAAGAAAUAUAAGAGAUUGUUUUCAGAAAAAGCCUUUGAUUUCAGCAGAUUCGAGCCACAUAUUGUCCCGAGCACCAAAAACCAACAUCAGCUGUUCUGUAAGCUAACUCUCCGCCACCUCAACAAGACCCCAGAGCAUGUUUUGAAGCAUGCCCAGGGCAAGCGCUACGUGAAGGCCUUGGAGAAAUAUGAGGAGUGCCAGAAACAAGGAGUGGAAUAUGUGCCGGCUUGCCUCCUACAGAAGAAACAGCAGAAGAGGUCUGAUGGUGAUGGACCUUUGCGAAAGAAAGAUAUGUGGGAACCCCCGAAUGACUCGGAUGACAGCGACUCGGGCGAUAGCAUGAGUGACCUGUAUCCAGACUCCAUGUUCAAGUUGAAAAAUGGCGAGGACGAGCCAAAUGGAAACGUUACAUCGGGUGGCGAAGAGGAGAUGGAGGUGGAUACAUCGACGCAGAACAGGAAGAAAAGGCAGCAGAAGCAGAAUGGUCCGCCGAGAAAGAAGUUCAGGAACGGUAACCAGAAAUCCAAAUCCGCCAGGAAGUCAGCGGGGAAGUGAUAUAUUUAUCGUACUGUUUUUUUUUUUUUUUGUCCCCCCCCCCCUUCUUAAUACCAUUAAAAUAGUUUAUUUUUGUAAAUGAUAUUCCAUAGUAGUGAGGGCUGUUACCCAUCUAGUAAACGGGGGGAUGAGCGGCAGUGGGAGCGAGUAGAUGGAAUGUGAUCCCCCUCACUAACGGGUGACUUACAAAAAUAAAUCGUGAAUGUGGCGGUG